AUGUUGCGAUUAAUUGCAACUUCUCCAUUGAUAUUACUACUGCUCUCGUUUGUUGUGUCCGAGAUCAAUGCCGACGAAACAAAGUGUUCUAUAAAACCGUACGAAGCGAAAGGGGACAAAAGCCCCGGGAGCAAUGGAUACGUCAUCGAGGUGAGCGAGGAAGAGAGGGCGAGAGGCGGAAGAGAAAGAGAGGGUUCAGAUCAACGGCACUUCCUCAAAGUCCAUGGACACUUCGAAGGGAUUCAUCCCCGGAGAAGUCUAUAAAGUGUCAAUUCGUGGAUGGAGAACCCAACACACAGUGAAAACGUUCCGAGGAUUCGUCAUCUCUUCCUUGUUCGAAGAUAACUCGUCCGCCGGCUCCUGGCAAGUUGUGAAGGCCACGGAGACGCACGUACUUCCCCCGGAUGUCGUCGUUCCGGAGUGUCACACUCGAAUCUCAAGUCGAAGACGUCAGUCCACAUGAUGUGGAAGGCUCCUGAAGUAGAAGAUCUUCGCUAAUCUCUCCCCAUACUCUAUCCAUUUCUUAAGGUUUCGUCUGGAUGUGUCAUGUUCCGGGCGUCAGUAAUUGAAACCAAGUACGUGUGGUUCACGGAAGCAGAAGGACUCACCGUGAAAUUUUGUGUGCAGAGUUGGAACCUUUACACUUUGCGAAUCCCAAUUGCCUUGCUUUCAGAAGGAACUCAGAUUCUGAAGCCCGUGGACGAUCCGUCGGCCACGUGUUGCGCCUGCGACAUUGCGCAGUACGAGCUGGAGUUCACCGGAAUCUGGAGCAAGCACACUCAUCCGAAGGACUAUCCGACUCGUGAAUCACUCAUCUCUCCCGCCCUGAAUACAUUUUUUCAGUGGAGCACUUGACUCACUUCACGGACAUGCUCGGGUCUUCGCACUCUGCCAACUACUCCCUCUGGACUAUCGGCGCCAUUUCGUCGGACGGAAUGAAGGAGAUUGCCGAGUGGGGAAACACGUACAAAGCGGAGAGCGAGGCGAAAGCGAAGGCGUCCGAAGUGCGCAGUCUGAUGAAGGUGAAGGGACUGUGGUUCCCGGAUGUGCAGGGCACCACCAAGUCGCAGUUUGUGGUCAACAAGUCAGUCGACUUGGUCUUCUUUUCUAUCACUGCCGCCUUCCAGGUAUCAUCAUUUCGUCUCGCUCGCCACCAUGUUCGGCCCUUCGCCCGACUGGUGCGUCGGCCUCAAUUCCGUCAAUCUCUGCCUUCCCGACUGUUCGUGGGCGGAGGAAAGAACUUUCGAACUGCAGCCGUUCGACGCGGGAACCGACUCCGGACCCGGUUACAUGAGUCCGAAUCUUCCGACGGAACCCCGCGAACCGAUCCAUUGGAUCACAACCAAACUGAAUCCGCAGAGUCCGUUCUACAGUGAAUCCUCGGAUACCAUUCCCACGUUGGCAAAAGUGAUUCUGCGCAGAAAGAAUUUGACGUCGUCGGAGUGCAAAACAGACGAAGCCUACAAGGCAGAAGCGCACAAUAUCACAAACACAAGUGAAGAUGAGGAGUACAAGGACAGAAGUGAGAAAGGGAAAUGAAAACGGAGCAGUGUAAGGAUCGUACUUUCAGGGGAAUGCAUGAUGACGCAGUGGGAGCCGUGGAGUCUGUGCUCUGCCACGUGUGGAAAGGGAAUCCGAAUCCGCAGUCGUGUCUACGUGUUCCCGAUCAAGGCCCAAGUGUUCCAUUGCCACCGACAGACCACCGAGAAACAGUUUUGUAAUGCGAAAAUCAACGAGUGCGAGAGUAAUCAUCCUCUUUCCGAUGUUUCAUCUUUUCCCAUUCUCUUCAGAUUCUGAAGCAUUCAGUUCAAAGUGCCAAGUGAGUUCGUGGGGAGCGUGGGGCGAGUGUUCAGUUCAGUGCGGCCACGGAAUGCGAGGCAGGAACAGAACGUUCCUGAAUCCGGCGACGAACGCCGAGAACUGCAAUGUCGAGUUGGAAAGGAAGGAUAUUUGCGUGGGCGAGAACGGAGAGGAUUGCAAUGUGACUCCGGACCCGCUGUGCAAGACGACGAGCUGGUCGGACUGGUCUCCGUGCUCGGCCUCCUGCGACGAGGGAGUCCGCGUCCGCACCCGUCUUUUCUUCUACUCCGAGCACGAGAAGCGGUGCCAGCACGUGAAUCUACAGGAGAAAGACACGUGUGUGAUGCAAUCGUGCAGACGAUUCAUCGAGAUAAACUCGGAAGGUGCACGGAUUCUUUCCGAAACUCUUCCAAUAACACCCCCUUUUCAGAAAUCUGUCAGGAGGAGAAACAGUCGGGACAGUGCGCGGGCAGCUUCCCCCGCUACUGGUACAAUUCGGAACGAACGCAAUGCGAACGGUUCAUCUUCACUGGUUGCAAAGGAAAUCGGAAUCAGUUUGAGACGGAGGAGGAGUGCAAACAGAUCUGUCUUCCCGGAUACGAGAAGAGCAAGGCGCUCAUUCCGAACCACCAGCUGUUCGAGGAGUUCGGCGGCGAAUCCGUCAACGACGGAGGCGAGAAAGUGGACUGCGAAGUGUCGAAAUGGUCCGACUGGGGCUCGUGCUCGGUGAGCUGCGGCCGGGGAAGGAAGGCGCGAACACGGCAGUACGUGAAGCUGGCGAGGAACGGAGGGCACCAGUGCUCGGAGCACCUCACCCAGGAACUGCAGUGCCGACUGAGACCGUGCCGUGAGUGCCCGUCCUUCCGAUCUAUUCUCAACUCCCUUUUUUCAGCCGUCAAACUAGCCUGCCAAGUGGGACCGUGGUCCCGUUGGACUCCGUGCUCCGUCUCGUGCGGUGAAGGCGUUCAGACCCGGAGAAGAAGAGUGAUCAGAGCCAGAAAUGAUGAUUGGGAGGAGAUAGAAUGCAACGAAGCCGAGACUGAGUCACGAGAGUGCACAGGCCGCCAUCACUGUUGA